UUCUAAUGAUUUGAGUGCUGUUUUUUUUAUACAAAGAUAUUCAUUAAAUAAAUUUAAUGAUUAAGGAUACAAUAAAGACGUGUAUUAAGACAUGAAUCUCAAUUGGAAUUCUAAAACAACCCAAAAGCACUAUACCAAAGUUGAUAAAAUCCGCACAAAUAACUAAAAAUACACAGCUACAAAAUUUAGUAUAACACGUAUCCAAGCUCAUGCACCCCAAAACAAUUAAUUAGACCACAAUGCUGAAUCCUAACUAUCACCACAAAAUCGAAACUGUACCAUUAUAUGACCCAACACAUGUAACCAAGAAGUACCUGUGGAACAAUGAGUGAAUGUAAAAAGGAAUCGGUAUUCAGCAAUCUCUGUGUGCAUAAGAAAUAGGAGUCGCUUUAAGGUGUAACAAGAAACCAACCACUUCAAAUAUAAACAAAUACUCAGCUAAAAAAAAAAAAAUGUAAAACAAAUAGAUAUUAUUUUGUAGCAUGUCUCAACAGAAUGGACAAACUUUCAAAUGAUGGGAUAUUGAAUUCCUUGUCUGAGGACUCUAAAAUUCCUAGGAAAAUGAAUUAGGGUUUGAGCUCCUUAAAUAAGAAACCAUCAGAACAACAUUUUUGUUGAGAAUAAUACAAAGAUCAAUCAACCAUGGAAGUAGAUUUCCAAGGAUACAUCAUACUUUUCCUCGUGUGGCUAGUCUCCACAGUUUUGGUCCGAACCAUGCUCACCAAAUUUCGGACCAAGCCUCGCCUUCCACCAAGUCCGAUGGCCUUGCCAAUCCUCGGACACCUCCACCUCCUUGCUCCAAUACCUCACCAAGCUCUUCACAAGCUAUCUAACCGAUAUGGGUCUCUGAUUCACCUCUUUCUUGGUUCCGUCCCUUGCGUAGUUGCUUCCACGCCAGAGAUGGCGAAAGAGUUCCUCAAAACUCAUGAGGGUUCUUUCUCCAACAGGCCCUAUAUUUCUGCUGUUGAUUACCUUACGUACGGAUCAGCUGAUUUUUCAUUUGCUCCUUAUGGACCUUAUUGGAAGUUCAUGAAGAAACUAUGCAUGUCCGAGCUUCUUGGUGGAAGGACACUGGAUCAGCUCCUUCCAGUCCGCCGUGAAGAGUUGACGAAUUUUGUGCAACUGCUUCUGAACAAGGCCAAGGCAGCCGAGCCAGUUGAUGUUGGCGCAGAGCUUAUGACGGUGACAAAUAACGUCAUAUCGAGAAUGAUUAUGGGGCAGAGUUGCUCUUCGAACGAAAAAGAGGCUGAUGAGAUCAGGAAGCAGGUGAAAGCUAUUGCUGAGUUGACGGGAAAGUUUAAUUUGUCGGACUUCAUAUGGUUUUGUAAGAAUUUGGAUUUGCAAGGGUUUGGGAAAAGGCUUAAGGAAGUGCGUGACAGGUUUGACUUUAUGAUGGAGAGGAUUAUCAAGGAGCACCAAGAGGAAAGGAAGAAGAAGGAAGUUGGCGAAGGUGGCGGUGAUGCAGUUAAGGAUCUACUUGACAUUUUACUCGACAUAGCUGAAGAUGAAACCUCGGAGUUCAGAUUGACAAGAGAAAACAUAAAGGCAUUCAUCCUGGAUAUAUUUUCUGCUGGAACCGACACAUCUGCAAUCACGACAGAAUGGGCACUAGCAGAACUAAUCAACCAUCCAGAUGUGAUGCAGAAAGCAAGACAAGAAAUUGACACCAUAAUUGGAACAAACAGGCUAGUACAAGAAUCAGACAUUGCCAACCUUCCCUACCUACAAGCCAUAGUGAAAGAAACCCUAAGGCUUCACCCAACCGGUCCAUUAAUCGUGAGAGAGUCCUCUGAAUUUUGCACCAUCGGCGGCUAUGACAUUCCCGCGAAAACAAGAUUAUUUGUGAAUGUGUGGGCUAUCAACAGAGACCCUAACCACUGGGAGAAGCCAUUGGAGUUUGAGCCGGAGAGGUUUGUGACGGAAGAGGGAAGUGGGAAGAGCCAGUUAGAUGUGAGGGGGCAGCAUUUUCAUCUGUUGCCAUUUGGGAGUGGACGAAGAGGAUGUCCCGGAACCUCGCUUGCAAUGCAGGUUGUGCAGACAACACUUGCCGCUAUGGUUCAGUGCUUUGAGUGGAAAGUUGAAGGAACUGUUGACAUGGAAGAGGCAGCUGGAUUAACACUUCCGAGGGCUCAUCCUUUGGUUUGUGUUCCAGUGGCUAGGUUCAAUCCCGUUCCAUCUUCCUGAAUGAUCAUUCAUAGAGAACCUUGUGUGCUUUACAAGCUGUCACUGAAAGAAUUCAA